CUUGCCUGGGUUUUUACUGUGCUAUAUUGGCCACUGCCAUAAAAAUACUUACCCUGAGAGAUUACAGUAGUCUACACCACUACGAAGCAAAUCCUACCAUACAAUUCAUAUCUUUAUCAACCAAUUUACUAAUUACCAAGCGUGAAAACUGAACCAUGGCUACCUACCUAGGACCAUUGGUAGGCGGAAGAAUCAACCAAUACGCAAAUACCGCUGGCCAGAUCUAUUACCAAGAUACUGUUACAGGGACGACGAGUUAUGCAAUACCGAAUGGUUUCCAAGAUGGUGCAGGCGAUAACUGGACCCUCGACACGACAAAGGGUUGGCCACAAUGGAACAAUAGUAGAACGGGGAGGGCAGUCCUCAUAAACCCUAACCCUCCUCCGCCUCAAACAUACCUCGACGAUAUCAACGUCAAGGCUGUUUUAGACCUUCUGGUCAGAGUACCAGACUCAGGCGAACACAUCUACCGAAGGCCAAUCGGAGACAUCCUUCGUUUCAUCUUCCCCUCAAAUGAAGGGUAUUCUAUUGUCCAGGAGACAGUGUCUGUCAACACUGAGCCCGAAUUCUGCCUCUUUAAGGUGUGUCAAAGGUCCGGCGAAACCCUGUACCAAUAUGAGUAUAUGCUUGUGGAAAGCAAAAAGCUUGGAGAGGCUUGGGAACCCACAGAGAAUCAUCUCCAUAAUCACCUUGAAGUAAAUGGAAACGAUUCCAAGAAUUGCUACGGAAUGGUGCAGAUUGGCCUCCAUGUACAAUUUUACAAGUACGAAAGGUUCAGUUUCAGCAAGGUUGGGGGACGGAUGCACCUCAUCAAUGAUGCCAACAACGUUGUAGCCUGCGGCCGAAACAUCAAGGAGAACCCCUUGUCAUUCGUGUAGGCUAGUAGGUGGGUCAUCAAUGGGUGUGGCGGAUACCGUAUAGCUAAUAUUGGAUGAUCGUCGGAUGGAGAUUUUUCGGGUUAUGCUAUUGGAUUGUAAGGGGUACCUACGCUUGAUGGAAUCGGAAACACAUCUAUACAGCGAGUACGACUCACGAUGCAUCCAUAGUCAAUGCAAUCGUCAAGCUUCCUACUUUGGAAUAGAUUGAUAUCUCACCGUUGG